GCUGGUUGUGGAUGUCUCCUGUUCUCAGGUCUCUUUUGAAAAGAGAUAGAACAUCACACUGCGACAGCCUGACUAAAAUAAUGAUACAAUAAAUUCAAUUACAGAUGGUCUUUACACUUGUAUGAACUUGCCAUUAUCCCACAGCAAUGACUUUAUUUGGGUUUGUUACUAAAACCUGAUCCGUAAACACCGAGUGAAAUCUGUGCACACGCAAAUAGGUGUUGGUUACGUGCUCGCUCCCGACACUGAACGCAGUGACGUAUUGGGUCCGCCGCCUGUUGGUCUUUCACAGUUGGUGACGACUAUUAUGAAAAUGGCCUCGACCCUGCCCGUGAGCUCGAACAACCGGGGAAGAUGACGACGCGGGGCGGUUUAAGUGAGCGGAACACCGGUGUGUCUUGUGAGAAUACGGAGGUAACAGUGAAGUAAACCCGCACAGACAGACUGUUGGCAGAGAAACGUCCAAAAACACCGCUGCGUUUUUUCCGCUGGGCUGGCUGGGGAGCCACCAUGGAGGAUAUCAACUCAAAUAUCAACGCGGACCUGGAGGUGCGGAAGCUCCAGGACUUGGUGAAGAAGCUCGAACAGCAGAACGAGCAGCUCCGGAGCAGGUCCACCAUGUUGUCCACGUCCGGAGCGAUGACAGGGAACCACAGACCCCUCAGCGCCGGCUACGACUCCUCGUCCCUGUCCGCGGGGAUGGCAGCUGGUCUGGCCGGCUUCCCUGGGGUGGGGUUCGUCGGGACGGGAGGCUACGGUGGGCUGCUGGAGAACAACCGCUGCCUGAGCCCCAGACUCUCCUACGACGGCAUCAGUUUCAGGAGGGCGUACGAAUGUGAGGGGGCAUCGGCUGCCACCUCCGUGUCGAGCAUGAACUCACUUUAUUCAGACACCGCCGCUAGCUUCGCGGGUGAGAUGGAGACAUCGGUGCUAGAUGAGGUGGAAAUCUUAGACCUGGAGGACAUGGAUUGUCUAAACGAAGACGAGGACAGCUGGCUAUAUGAGACGAAGCUGAACAGUCCCCUGCAAAAAGCCUUGAGUCCCAUCGUGUGGUGUCGCCAAGCGUUGGACAACCCCAGUCCUGAGAUGGAGUCAGCCAAGCGCUCCCUCAUCCACAGACUGGACCUCACCAUGUCAGCCAACAAGCGCAGAAGCCUGUAUGGAAGCCCCUACAACCAGCAGGGCUAUGGAAGCCCGUAUAGCACAAAUGCAGCCAACAGCCCUUACAGCAGUGGCUUCAACUCCCCCUCCUCAACCCCCAGCAGGGUGCCCAUAGUCAGACAGCAACUCAUUCCUGGGAAUGCAGCACACCAGCGAAAUGCAGCGGCCGAGAGGAAUCCUCCAGCAAUUAGUCCACAGUCGUCUGUGGACAGUGAGCUGAGCACAUCAGAAAUGGACGAGGACUCUGUGGGCUCCUCAAAUACAUACAAACUCAACGACGUCACUGAUGUGCAGAUACUGGCUCGCAUGCAGGAGGAGAGUUUGAGACAGGACUAUGCCGCAACAGCAUCCAGACGAAGCUCGGGUUCUUCCUGCCACUCGCUACGGCGCAGCACCUUCAGUGACCAGGAGUUAGAUGCACACAGUCUGGAGGACGAGGAGGAGGCGGUGCACCCGGCCUUCCACCUGCCCUCCAACCGCUUCAGCCCCUCCCCCAGACACUCUCCACGCGCCUCCCCCAGGAAUUCGCCUCGCUCACGCUCCCCUGCUCGUUCUAUUGAGUACAGCCACAGCCGCGGCUCGCCUCAGCCCAUCAUCAGCCGCCUGCAGCAGCCUCGCCACUCACUGCAGGGUCACGACCUGCCGACCAACGUGGUGAAGAAUGAAGAAAAGCUGCGUCGCAGUCUCCCCAACCUCACACGCUCCUCAGCAGCGACCCAGGCCCAGGCCCAAGAGCCUGUCAAGAACAGCCGCAGCUGCGAGUCCAACCUGCAAGUGCCAAAUGGAGGCUCUCCUCGUCACCAGAACCAGUCUGCUACAGCUCAACUCCCGAGAUACUCAACCCCCUCUCGCUCCUCCCCGAAACCCAAACAGCACCUCCAAAGCCCAACGGCCCUGCGAGGUAACGGCUCCUAAACCAGCUGGAGGCUGUGAGAUCACGCUCAGACACAUGCCCUAUUUAUGAUGAGUAAUAUACAGUCAGCUACCUGCGUACUGCAACUGAUGCACAUGAAAUGGAAACGAGGAAAGAGCUGAAGUGGAUCUGAGGAAGGCGCACUAGUUGCCAGCUU